UGCCUGAGAACAACUGGUCUAGACAGGAGAGAUGUCCAGGCUCAUUCAGCUGAAGGAAAGACUUCAGUGACUGGAUCGAACAUGUCCAACUAUUCAACGUUACUGCCCAAAGCUGAAGCCAUCACCCCAACUGAGCCGUCUGUGAACACUGUGCACAUCUCAACAGAAAGCAAACGCCUGAUUUCUGCAUCGACAGGUGUUCCUCCUAGUAACCCAACAGCAGGUCCUCGGUUCCAUGUGGGUAGUUUCAUUGGCGGUAUGAUGCUGGCCUUUAUUAUCGUACUGGUCGUCACUCUGGGCUACAGGUUGGCCUGCUCACAACGGGAAGUGCGCUACAGAGUCAUUGAGGAACAUGAUGCCAUCAUUUAAAAAUGGAGCCGUUGAGGAAAUACAGGCUAAAACACAAGCUAGUCAUGAUCUGAAGAGAACGUUUUCACCAUAAUGUGGUUAAUAUGCAUAUGAGACAGUGUCUGGUUUGAUACAUUUUAUAUUGUAAUCUUAAAAAGGUUAUUCCCUAGCAGCUUCUUUUUUUUUUCCCAGUUGUGAAUACUGUGAGUAAUUUUUUUUUUUUUUUUUUUGUGUGUGUGUCUGUCUAGUCCAGUGUAGUCCAGACAUUUGAAUGAGUUUGGACUAAACAUAUAGCGUUUAAAAUAUGCCUUCUGUAAAAGUCUUCUUAAAGACACAUCAGAGGCAAAAAUGAUUUGGUUAUAGUUCAGGGACCUUUUUUUUUUUUUUUAAUCUUUUAAAGGUUUUCAUCAUGUAUGAUAGAAAAAGUGAUCCAAUAAAGUGAUUUAGUCUAACUGCGUGGACUGCAUAAUGUACAAUAGAAAACAUUUAAUGCAUAAAAUAACUGAUUAAACACAGUAACUACCAAAGUAUAUACUUUAUUCCAGGCCAAUUUUAAAGUAAUAUGUAAAGAGAUAUAAUGUAACAGAACUUAAGGUUCUAAGGUACAUGCACAUACACUGAUUAAAAAAAAAAAAAAAAAAAAGAGAGAGAGAUCAUAAUAAAUGGAUAUAAAUUCAUUCUGGGUGCAUUUAAAAGAAAUCUAAAUACCAAUCCAUUAACUUGUGUGAUUAGUACUACCACUACAAAAAAAAUAAAAUAAAAAAAAAAGUAAACAGUUACUAUAUAUUCUGAACAGUUGCACACUAAGCAAGCAUAAAAUCAUGUUUUAAGUGACAUACAUACACAUUUUAGUCAAUGUUCUAUAAACGUGCAAUACCAUCACUGUACCCACAAUUCAUAAAACAUUUUGUUGCAUUGCUCUCUCCAACACUGUUUUACCCCACUAGAGUCUGCCAUCAAUACUAUGUUUGCAAAAAUAUAUUUCUCUUAGCUUGUCUUUUUUUUCCCUCACCACUUUUAAUUUCUCUAUAACCUCUAACUUUCAUUACUAUGGCCUAGUUUGCGGUUUUUGAUCAUAAAAUUUUUGCUUACAGAGGCAAUUGAAUUAUAAACCUUAGCGGUAUAUUCACCCCAACAGACCACAGACAUUAUACUGAUGAAACUUCACCUUUUUUAAGAAACAAAAAAUCAGUACAACACACAUUUAGUGUACGGGCCAGUUACUGAACCAUAAUCAUGUAGUGUAAAGGUAUUCAUAAAUUGUAAACAAGAGGAAAUAUUCAUAUUACUGAAUUCAAAGCAUCCGCAGCAAAUCUGUAAUGGGCAAAGUCCCUGUAGUGUUCUGCUCUAGUGAAAUAAUGUAAACCUAGGUAACCUGCCUAAUGUGUUUUAUUAGUACUGACUUCAGAACCAGCAUAAGAGGACCUGUCAAAUCUUGCUUCAUUAGAAAUCUCCUCACAAAUCACUUAGACCUUUUCUCAUUAGCUUAUGUCUUACGUUUACAUAAAAGUACGAUAAAAAAAAAUACGUCUUUGGAAGCCUCGAAGAAAUCCUGACAGAAACGAUAACUGAUUGUUUCCAUAAAAGCCUACUCUAUCAUUCAUAUCCACAGUUACCAAAUUCGAAUCCAAGCUAACAGCUAAUCUACAGCACUAACCCUCAAGACAUGCUCAUCUACCCAUCUAAACGUAUCAGAACCUUCCUUUUCCUGCCCGAUAUCCGUCUCAGCACCAAACACCAUCAACUGGCACAGACUCUACUGGAGCUCAUAUCAGAGAUGUCUGUCUAUUGAUCAAAGUGCCCUUGAUAUUUUGUUCAUUGCUUUUGGAUUUUUAAAAAAAAUCUGAGAUUUUCACUAAAAUAAGCAAGUAAGCAACAACAUAUCGACUGAGAUACUAAAAUCGUAAGAUCAGCAAAAAAAAAAAAAAAAAGAUAUUUUUUGAUACCCAUCCUCAGAAUGAUUAUGAUGUAGCGGAAAUGAUAGCGUCCAUCUAGUUAGUGUUCUUUGUGAAUCAGUUCAUGUACUAUAAAGGCAGCUCUUAGAAUAGUUGUUCUGUAUAAAACUUUUAAAAUGAGAGCAAAAACAGACCCGAUUUGUUCUUUGAUCACACAUGAAUGCCAUAACCCUCAAGAAAUCAGAAUCAGGCUUAAAUAAAACUAACACACAAAGAGGCAAGGGUCCUUUAAAGAAAAAAAAAAAAAAAAAAAAAUCAAA